AUGACAGAUGAAGUAAACUCACGGCUGGGUGUGCACAUAGAGGACCUGAGCAAGGAGACACCUCCGAAUCCAUUUCUCUUUCCGCGAUCCAUUCUUACAAUCUUGCAGUGGCAACAGCCCAAUCCCAUCACUGAGUCAUGUGUCGGCAAGUUUUUUCUCUCAGCAGCUAUGGGGUACGUCAUGGGCAACGUGUUUGGUCUUGUGCUGGGCAGCUACGAAGGUAUCACGCCCCCUGUACCAAUUCCUGGACAAAGAGUUCUUCCUAAAGUGCCAUGGCGUGAAUCGGUGGUUGGAGCAUGGCGAGUCACUGCUGGCAAGUGCCGCUAUUGGAGUAAUAACUUUCUUGUAAUUUCCGCCAUGUUUUCGGGUCUCGAGUGUGCGACAGAAAAGAUUCGUGCACGUCACGAUGUGGGCAAUGAACUUGUGGCUGGAUGUGCGACGGGUGCAGCACUAGCAUCAGGUCAAGGCUUUCAAGCUCAAUGUCUUGGCUGCGCUGGUUUUGCAGCAUUUUCAUAUGCGAUCAAUGUCUUUACAGGUGGCAAGUUCUAG